GUAUAUAAAGCCGAGUAACUUGGUACACAGCAUCAGUUAGCGAUCGAGUAACCGAUCUAAGCGCUUCUACGAUGGCAUUCAAGUUUGUAGCAUUCGCAGGCCUCGUCGCUGCAGCAAGUGCAGGACUUUUGCCACCGCAUCCGGCUGCUCACUACGCCGCCCACUCCAGCCAGAGCUACUCGGCGCCCUUGGCAUACGCUCAACCCGCGGCCAAAGCCUACUACGCCGAGCCGCUCCACCACGAGCCCGAGCCCUUCGACCACAACCCCCAGUACAGCUACUCCUACGACGUCCACGACCAUCUCACCGGGGACGCCAAGAGCCAACAGGAGACCCGCAACGGGGACGCGGUCCAGGGCAGCUACAGCCUCAUCGAAGCCGACGGAAGCCGUCGCGUCGUUCACUACACCGCCGACGACCACAACGGCUUCAACGCCGUCGUCGAAAAACAACCGGCUCAAACCGCUCCGGUGCAUUACCAAGCCGCGGCGGCCUACGCUCACCCUGUCGCGCAUGCUUCGGUCUCUUAUCAACGGGCCGCUGGACCCGCCGCCCACGCUUCUCACUCCGAACCCUCCUACGCUUCCCAGGAAUACGAAGCUCACUCUUAUCAUCACUGGCGAAGCCAGGUAGGAAUGGGCCAGGGGUGCGGCGACCUUGAGCACCGGGGCGGCGUAGGCGGCAUGAGCCGGUGCGGCGUACGCGGUGUAAGCCGGCGCAGCGUAGGACGCGUGGGCGACGGGAGCGACGGAUUUGACGACGACGGGGGCGACGGCCUUGAGGGCGACCUGGGCGGGUUGUUUCUCGACGACGGCGUUGAAGCCGUUGUGGUCGUCGGCGGUGUAGUGGACGACGCGGCGGCUGCCGUCGGCCUCGAUGAAGCUGUAGCUGCCCUCGACCGCGUCACCGUUCCGGGUCUCUUGUUGGCUCUUGGCGUCCCCGGUGAGGGAGUCGUGCACGUCGUACGAGUAACUGUACUGGGGAUGGGAGUCGAAAUCGUACGCGUGCUCGUCGUGAUGAGCCUCGGCGACGACCGCCUUGGCUACGGGACCGUUCACUCAACCAGUUUCUUUCGUUACCAACAGCUCGUCGUUGUUUUGGCCGUCGUCGCGGUCGCGAACGCCGGUUUCGUCCCCGCGCCCAUCUCCUACGCGGCCCCGGCCGCCCCGUUGGCCUAUUCCGCCCCCGCGGCAGCGGCUCCGCUCGCUUACGCGGCCGCCCCGCUCGCCAAACUGGCGCCCGCGCCCCUCGCCUACGCGGCGGCCCCGGUCGCCAAGCUCGCCCCAGCGCUCGACGCCGAUUACGAUCCCAACCCCCAGUACAGCUACGCCUACGACGUCCAGGACUCGCUCACCGGCGACAACAAGCAGCAGCAGGAGACGAGAAACGGCGACAGCGUCCAGGGCCAAUACAGUUUCAUCGAGGCCGACGGCAGCCGCAGAAUCGUCGACUACACCGCCGACCCCGUCAACGGCUUCAACGCCGUCGUCCGCAAGGAACCCGCUCAACUUGCCGUCAAAACCGUCGCAGCUGCUCCCCUCGCUUACGCCGCACCGGCUCACCUCAAAGUUCUCCACUAACUUUUCCCACAUCGACUGAUCCCUCCCCUCCAACGAUUUUCCCAAUGAAAAACUUUCUUGUUCAACGAUUUUCAUUCCGGGGCAUCGGAGCCACUGCGGACUCGUCGGUCGAUUUCGAUCCGUUUGGAUUAAUUCCUCCGUUUCAUCCUCGCCGGCUCUUAGCGAUGACUCAACGAUCCAUGAAAAUCGUAGACAAGUCUCGUUUUUCAUCGACCGAUCUUUCAACGAGAGAAGAGACUGAGGUGAUACGAUAAAUGUACAGAUAACGGGGACGAAUCCGUCCCCUCGAUCCUAAGAUCGACGCUCAACUCCAAUUAUGCUGCAAUCAUUUUUGAGGAAUUUGUACUGUAAAUAAAAACUCGUAAAUCAACUGA